GAUGCUUCACAAAGGCUGUAAGAAACAACACACAGCAGGCCUUUGGACUGAAGAUGAAUACUGUGGUUGGCAGAGGCCACCUCCGUGCUGGACAGCCCGCUGUUAUCGCCACUGAUCGCCAGGUGCAUCAGCUGAAAGGCAACAGCAGCUUCCACUGGAGACAAUACACAAAAGAGCGUGGAAACACAAACACACACAUACACACACUGCCUAAAUUUAUAUGCAUGUUUUUCACAGUAUAUAACAAAUGUCCACUGAGUCCACGGAGGGCAUUUUAUGGCAUCAAAAAGCCGCAUUAUUUAAUCCACCACACAAUGUAAUAAUACUUCAAUUGUGUUAUUAUCUGUAUUAUUAUUGUUGUUGUUGUUAUUAUUAUUGCUAUGAUGGCAGGUCAGGCCUCAGUAAAAUAUCACUUUGGGCUGUCUGCUUUAGGUUGCCUGUCUGUGUGUUGUUAUUGGACUGCGUGGAGCUCACUGUACUCUGCUCCAAUAGCAUCCCAAUAGCAGUGAAUGGAGGACUGAAAAAAAAAGUGUAGCCAUGCAUGCAGGAGUGGGAGGAUCUACUCGCUUCAAUCUCGAUCUCAGACUUUUGCAGCGACAGGGGCACAACCAACCAACCGUCUCUGUUACUUCCAAAGAGUUACUGCCGGGACAUCCUACACACACACACUCAUACACACACGCACACACACACACACACACUACUAUCUUUGGAUUUGUUCUCAACUUUUACUUCUGCGCUUUUUUCCUUGGCGAGACUGUAAUCCCGUGAAGACAUUUUUCCAGACUUCUCCCGUCGGCUUAGGGACGAGAAGAUAAAGCUUCCUCGGUCCUCUUAUCAUAACAGGCUGUAUCCCACACGGAUCUCAGACGGCUUCCUACACAGCAUUUCCCCCCAUCCGAACAGCUCUGUGUGCCCGGGAUUUUCUUGUCACGUCUGACCGUAUUCUUAUGGAUAUUGCAACAGGUCUGGUGUCACUGGAGCGCCUCUCCGCGGGUGAACAGUCCGAGACGUGCAUCAUGCUAGACGGCAUUAAAAUAGAAGAUCAUCCCCUGCGAUCGGGACAAGCCACGCUCGGAGUUAUGCUCGGGACUGAAUGUCAUCACAGAUCCGUGUGUGAAGGAUGCCAGCGUCCCAUCUCCGACCGCUUCUUGAUGAGAGUCAACGAUUCCUCGUGGCACGAAGAGUGUUUGCAGUGCACCGUGUGUCAACAGCCCCUCACCAACAGCUGUUACUUCAGAGAAAGGAAACUUUACUGCAAACACGACUACCAACAGUUGUUUGCAACCAAGUGCAGCGGCUGCAUGGAGAAAAUCGCCCCCACAGAGUUUGUGAUGCGUGCUCUGGAGUGUGUCUACCACCUGAACUGCUUUUGCUGCUGCGUGUGCGACCGCCAGCUGAGGAAGGGCGACGAGUUUGUUCUGAAGGAGGGUCAGCUGCUUUGCAAGAUUGACUACGAGAGGGAGAAAGACUUACUCAGCUCGGUCAGCCCGGAUGACUCAGACUCAGAGAAAAGUGACGAUGAGGAGUUGGACAUCAAGCCAGAGAAAGGCAUAGGAAGCCAGGGGAAGGGGGAUGACGGCAAGGAUCCAAGGAGGCCCAAAAGACCACGAACCAUUCUGACCACUCAACAGAGACGGGCCUUUAAGGCUUCUUUUGAGGUCUCUUCAAAGCCCUGCAGAAAGGUGAGGGAGACUCUGGCUGCAGAGACAGGACUCAGUGUUCGGGUGGUCCAGGUGUGGUUUCAGAACCAGAGAGCUAAGAUGAAGAAGUUGGCAAGAAGACAGCAGCAACAACAAGAACAACAGAAUUCUCAAAGACUUGGCCAAGAGGUGAUGUCUAAUCGAAUGGAAGGGAUGAUGAACUCCUUCACACCGCUGGCUCCGCCGCAGCAGCAGCUGGUCGCCAUGGAUCAGAAUGGUUACAGCACAGACCCGUUCCAACAGGGGCUCACCCCCCCACAGAUGCCCGGGGACCAUAUGAACCCAUAUGGUAAUGAUUCUGCAUUCCAUGACAUAGACAGUGACACGUCUUUAACCAGCCUCAGUGACUGCUUCAUGGCAUCGUCAGAAGUCAACUCCUUGCAGGCCCGCGUGGGGAACCCCAUCGACCGCCUCUACUCCAUGCAGAACUCUUAUUUUGCGUCAUGAAAACAGAAGAGGAAACUAACAUUAGCGCAGAAUAAACUGCCCAUCUCAACCUGAAGCGCGAUCGAUGGCCAGGACCUACGCUAACAUGGACAUGACAGAAGAAACACCUCCUUGCAGUAGCUCCUGGUUAUGUGUGGAAGCUUACUGAAAAGAUAGUAAAACCACUUAUUGUAGGACAGUGACGAUUCCUGGGGGAAAGACUUAAAUAUUGUUAGAGAUUAUUUGGUAGGAUUGCUUAUUUGUCACAGGAGAUAUUACUCUUUUCUUUGUUCACUUAAAGGAAAUAAGUAGAUAUUGAAGCCACUGAUUACACACUCUCAAACCAAAUAACACAAAGAAUUUAUACAGUGCAUGAUCAAUUGUAAACAAAAAGUUUUUGUAAGCUCCCCCCUCCCUCCCUUCCUCCCCCAGUUAAGAUGUGGUGUUUGGACUGUUUCUUCUUUCACACUACAUGGGAUUCCAUGUUCACCGUUAGCAUUUUGAUCACUUUCCAUAGGUUUAGAUAUUGUGUUAAUAGUAAAUAGGUGCAGCAUGUCUGCAAGAGUGACUGUACAUUUGUGUAUGUAUGAGAGAAAGAACUGUUUAGCUGAGACAAAAGUGGAGAAUUUGGUGGACAAGUAGGAUCAGUGAAGUGUAAAUACUUUCCCCAGGCAAAUUGGAUGUGCAUGUUAAAAAUGGAAAGCAUUCUAUUUAUUUAACUAUAACAGGCUCUUGAAGGUACAUAUUAAAACUGAAAAGCUUUAUUUAAAAAGGAGAGCAUUUUUGUUGAGGAAUUAGUGAGUUCAUGAGUAUCACAGCUCAUCUGUAUACCUUUUUAAUAUGAAGAUUAACCCUCUUGUUUUUGUUUUAUUCAGCCAAGCUGUAAAUGGGCAAAGUUGCUAUUUAUUUCAUACAGACCAUAAACCUUUUGUUGUCAUUGUCCUAUGUGCAUUAUCAAAAUGUUAAAGUUGCUAAUUGACCAAAGUCGACUGGUUUGAUGAAUAAACAAUGUCUUUCUCCUGAUAACGUUAAAUAAAUACCAUCAGUGACAAGUCA